ACAUCAGCCGGAGAGGUGGCACAACCAGACGCAGGGCAGAGAGAGGUAGAGCAGGGAUUGCUUGGGGUUGGGGAAGAGGAAAAUAUGGAUGGUGCAGAUGUCUUUUUCUGAGAAGCACCUCUGUUCAUAACACAGUUAAUUAGUGGAAGAGACAAUAAAGGGUUCUGUGGAAGGAAGGAAUAAUAGGGUGAAGGGGAAUGAGGAGAGGAGGGAGGGAGUGGGGCACAUUUCCUAACAUCCUAGCCGUUUCUAUCAUCUGUCGAGGGAGAUACUGCUCUAUUCAUAGAUUUUAUAGUUAUGGAUCAUAAUCAUGGGGCAUUUCCUAUGUGUGUGUAUGUGUGCAUGCGCUAUAUCUGACUGUAAUAUAUAAGGUUUAUUGAGCCAGUGUUUGACAGUGUAUAUUAUAAACAGAUAACUUUUUCUCUCAAGGUAAGUUAAAGUAUGAAGAUAAAGAAUUAGCUGUCCCUCAUUUAGAAGGAGAAAAAAUAAUUACAAAACAGAUCAAAUCUUAAAUCCAUAAGAGAGGAGUUAAUAUUGACUGAGAUGAAGUUUUCUCAGCCUACCUGGGUGUGGCCUGUUAAUGGUAAAGACUUUGUAUUUUGCUCUUUUAAGCCUACAUGUUUUGGAUGAACUAGUAAACUAAAUGUGGACGACAAGACAAAAAAGUGAAGGUAUGUAAAUUUGUACUUGUAUUCUUCUAAAGCAAAACCAACAACAGAAAAAGAGCCUUGUUGUAUAACAGAGUAUGUUCAGAAAACAUAUGCAUUCAUAUAUGAAUACUGUAUGUUGUUAUAUGAAUAUAACAGUAUGCUUCUAGUUAACAUAUCUGUUGUCUGCUCCACAACCGAUAGGAACAUGUUAUAAUCAAUGUGAUGUACACACCACAGAGCUGUAAGUGAAAUAUCUCUACACAUGUCCUUGAAUACAGACACAUACAUAGCCCUGCAUGACUGAGUAAUGCUGAAUAUCUUAUAAAAUUUAAUCUAAAAAGUAAUCAAUACCUGUGUUGUAGAAAUAUUACAUUAAUAAUGGCUUAUUAAGGCCACAUAUCGAUCAGUACAGACAUUUAUGAUCCUGACUUGUGGAUACUGCACCAGUAGAGGGAGAUCUGGAGAAGGGUGGGCUAACAGUAAUCUAGCCAUAUAACCACUAAACAUCGUCAGAGACGCAGUAUAGUCAGCCAGCCUUUGCAGAAGCAUGAAGCAUUUGUGAUCAAGAGAGUGUAAGAAAUUUUUGAAAUAAACAGCGGAAUACUGCAGGGAAUCUGCAGACGAAGAUAAGGGUGUCACGCGUUCAUCCGCUAAAUACGAUUUAUGGUGAAAUUAGGGUGUGAAGAGGCAGAGAGGUGGGUUGAUGACCAGCCAUAAAACACUGGCGAGAUGAGGAAAGACGUAAACAACAGAGGAGAAACAAAAGAAGCUUGGAAAAGGGAGGAGGAAAAGAGAGAGUGAAACAGGAGGUAGAUAAAGACCAUGAGCUCUGCGCCACCGUAUGACUCCCUGCCAGCUCGGCCAAGCCCCUGUUGUGCAAAGGAGUGGGAAAGAGAGCUGCACGGUGCUCAACGACUGUCCUCGCCACUACGGCCAGCUCUGCCAACGCUGCCUUCAGUCUCUCGACGGCCCUCUGCACUCCCUGGAUAUUUGCUUUCACCCUCCCAAGAGUACAUUGACCAACAGCAACGACUUUCAUUGUCGUUGUGCUCGGAGGCUUCGCUGGCACCCCCUGUUCCUGCAGUGGGUGCUGCUCCACCGUGCUGCCGGGCGGUGGGAGUCAUGCCCUUACUGCGUCUUGCACUCCUGAUUUUCAGCUUCCUCUUUUGGGCAGCAGGGCUUGCGAUCUUCACCCUUGGGGUAUGGGCACAAGCUUCGUUAGCCGACUACAUGCUACUGUCAGCUAACCGCUACCCCAAUGCGCCCUUCAUCUUGUUAGGCACAGGGGCUGCUGUGACCGUCUGGGGCUUUUUAGGAUGCUUGGGCGUUGCUGCCAACCUGCCGUUCCUCCUGCGGGCUUAUGGCUUCUUCCAGUUGGCUACACUAUUGGGUGGUCUGGCUGCAGGUCUCUCAGGGCUCUUCUACAGGGAGGAAAUUGCAGAAGGGUUCCGUAGUGGCCUGCAGAAAGCUGUAUUGGACUAUGGAGAAGAUGAGGGCUGUGCAGAUGCGCUGGACAGCCUUCAGAGGGCACUAGAGUGCUGUGGUGCUGAGGGUUGGCGAGACUGGCUGAUGUCUGAUUGGGCCAUUCAGGAUGCUGUUUACUUAAUGGGAAGUUCUGGAAAUUACUCCUUUGCCGUUUCGUUACCAGAUAGUUGCUGUAUAAGGCGCAAAGGCUGCCGCAACAGACCAUUGCCAGAGAACGAACGUGGGAACAUACAGCCUGCAGGGAUUCACGCCCACGGUUGUUUCCGCAAAGUCUUCAGCUUUGUCAAUGAGAACGUCUUUCACAUUGCUGCAACAGUUUUAGGUCUUGCUUUCACCCAGGUGGCAGGUAUAGCCCUUGCAUGUCUGCUUGCCAAUCGUCUUGCACCUAGGCUACGAAGACGAGCUCACUGAAAUUUAAAGCACCAUGAAUCAAAAGGCCACUGACAAAAUUAUGUCCUCUCCCUGUGUUUUCGCAUUGCAUUUUCAGGUCCAAGGAAUGCCUACUUAGUCCAUAUUUGGACAACAGAGCUUAGGGCUUUAAAAUUGUAGACCUUGAGCUGUAGUUGUCAACCAAAAACUUUCUUCAAAAAGCAUGGAAGGUACAGUUAAGCAUGUUACAUCGAGAACUCUGAUUUUUAUUAUUUUUUUUCUGGAGGGGACCAGACGGUGUUUUUGAACAAAUGCAACAAAAUGUCAGAAAUAAUACAUUUAAAUGUGAAUUGUAAAUAUUUAAGUAGAGUGUAAUAUAAACCUUUGUGGAUGGUCUUAUGUAUAUAUAGCUUGCAUGAUUUCAGAGUGACUUAUGUGUUUGUCUUGUAGAGUAACGUAAAGUAAAAACUAUGUUAAUAAUAUACAACAAUGCCAGUUUUAAUUGAUCAAACCCAGAGUUCUGUGAUGCUGUAGAUAAGCAAGUGGUAUCCCUUGUUACUGUAUGAUUCUUGUAUACAAAGUGCUUCAAUAUGCAUUCUGUAUUUUUUUUUCUAUCAGUGGCAUAAGGCUUCUAAAUGAAUUUUCCCUGAAAUGCUUUAUUUGUACAUUCAUUAUACAAAUAUUGACAAUUAAAAGAAUGAAAAAAGACACAAAUGUAUUGUUCUUAAAAACGACCUGCAUAAGAGGGAUCUUGGACACAACAGGGAAGGCAGAGUUUGCCACCAAAGAUACUUGAUUCAUAUCAGUAGUUUUC